ACUAUAUGUCUUCUAAUCAACGAAUGUUUGACACUUGAUUCCUACCAAACCACCAAAGCAAGUGAGAACUUGACUUUUAGCCGAGAAAAGAGACAAAUUUUGAGGGUUGGCGAGGAAAAUCAUGUGAGACGAAUAUCACAGGACAGCCGGAAAGACGCAUCAUUACCACCGAGAAGGGCCAUCCCAAUUGCACUUUUGCACUUGACUCGUGGAUGGUUGUUGGCCUGGAAGACGAACUCAGAGUGUCAUCCAAGUAUAAAACGCAUCGCCUCCGAUGGUUUGGUCAUCAGUUGCUUCAACCGUCCCUGGUGAUUCACAUCCAAUCCAAGCUCCAACUCCAACUCCUCUAUCUAAUCAUGAAGGUCUUUGUUGCUCUCAUCUCCGUCGUGGCCCUUUGGUCUUUCUCGGCAGCCUUGCCCGCUGAAGAGAAGUUCCAAAGCCGGGAGAUUGUGGAUGAAGUGGAUCCCCGAAUCUUUGAGCUCGAAUACGAGCUCACUCCUCUUAAGUCGUUGAAAAAACGAGAAGCCGAGCAAGCCAGUGAUCUGGAAGCCUUCAACUUGGAUACAGAGGAGCCUUUAAAGCGCACCAAGCGCAACGCUUUCUUUGGCAGUGGCAUCAAUAACAACAAGAAGUCCUACCGUCUCCGUCGCUUUCGUUACCAAGUGGGAUCUUAUGGACAAUUUCCCCACCACUAAAAACAGUCCCGUUGAUCGAGCCUUGAACCGAUAAAUAUACACCUGGUCCACAGUUUUGUUGAUUUUGCUCUUGUUAACUGGAAUUAACCCAUAAUAAAGUUUAAUUGUUCAAACCGA